CUUUCAUAUGAAUGCGAGUAUCCAUUGAGCUCUGCAGAUAGAAAGGGGAAAUGUCAAGUUAUCAUUAUGAUUUAUUUCGAACAGAAGAACGGUAUUUGAACAAAGACAGCGGAGAAUAUCGGCAACCAUCUCUUUGUUGGCAACAUAUUUGUUGACCUGAAGAAAGGUCGCAAGAGAUGACGCAUUUUUAUCAAGUCAAAUAAGACACUGUGCGACGUGUAAGCAUUUAGGCCAAUAUAUUUUAUCUUCAUAUCAGCAAACAAAUAGAAGAGGCGAAAUCAGUAAAACAGAUGUUACUAGGAGCUGGUGGCAACAUUACUCGUAAAAUGCAAGCAAGCAAGUAGAAGCCUUCAGCCCAGAUUUAAUUUAAACACAACGAAUUAUUUUGAAGCAUGUCGAAACGAAGACGAAUCAAUAUCUUCUAAAAUAAUAUGAUUAAUCGCAGCAGGUCUCAGUAUCAGUUGGACAGAUAAACGUGAGAUACGAGAUAUAAGGGAUAAAAAGGCUCUAGCUGCCAAGAUAAGAACGGCUGCUUGGCGACAAUACAGGAUGAAUUGACGUAGAAAUGGCAAGACUUUAUUAAAAAUUUGCACUCGUGUUUAUAUGAGCAAGAAGCCAAUACUGAAAGCGUCAUGACAAUAACGACUGGUUUGCAGAUCUCGUUGACAAUUUUCUACACCGGCAUAUUCCUCAUUGGGGCACCGCUCAAUAUAGCUAUACUUCAUUUGAUGCUGAGCAGACAGGGUUCUCGAACCCCAAUAACAAACUGUUUCUUGACGUCACUUCUCACCGCUACAAUUCUGUCAUGCAUGUCAGGCUGCCCGUAUUACCUUGUUUCGUUACUUGCAGAAUUGCCGCCUGUUAAUAACGAGUCGUCAAAAGAACAUUUACCCGCCUGCAGAGCUGCAAUUUUUUUCAACUACAGCUUAGCUGCAUCCAAAGUGUUGUCCUUGACAUUGCUGUCUCUCGAUCGCUUCGUUGCUAUAAUAUGGCCGUAUUUUUAUGUGAACAGAGUGACCAAAAUGCGGGCGUUUGUUCUCAUCGUAUUUAUCUGGAUUCAGGCGCUUGUGACUGCCUUGCCGCUUCCAAUUAUGCCCGGAUGGGUUUCGUAUAUUGCCGUACACGGAGCGGCUUGCGGAUACGAGUGGGAAAUAAGCGAUCGCGGGUUUCUGGUGCCUGUUCUUUUAUUAGAUUUUGUUAUGCCUGCGAUCAUCCUUGUUGUUGCAAAUGUUAGCGUAUUCGUUGUAGCAAGGAAGCAAAAGCUUUCAAUCAGGCAAAGUAUACGGUUAUCGCAAGAAGACGAAAAAUCGCGCGGUAAAAUGUUGCUAGUUAAGACUCUUGCAAAAGCCAUAACCUUGAUGGACAUGAGCGGUGCAGAUCAAAGUAAAACUGAUGGAGGCUCAAAUAAUGAAACUGAAAUAUUGACAGUCGCUUCACGAAAGACGAAGGAUAAAAUAACAAUUUGGGAAGAUGGAGACAUAUCAAAAAAUGGAAGCGAACCACAAAGUCCGCCCAAUGGGUAUGCUAAGGAAAAAGCUAAUGCUGAUAAAACCAGACCGCAAGGGGUAGUUAACAAGGAAAUAAUGACGAGAAAAGAAUUGGGCGUGCAUAACGGUGACCGAUGUGUAUAUUGCAAAAGUGAGCCUGAAGAUACGCCGAAGGAAGAAAAUCUCAGGAAAGUCAAUGAAAAUUCGAUUGGAAUGGAGAACGGGGGACUGGAUACCAAUGACGUCAGAGCGAAUGGUGCAAUUCAUGAGGAGAUCACAAGCAAUGGCAGUAAUGUCUACUGCAAUACCGGUAGAAACAGCAGUGUUGAAGAUGGGGAAAGAAUUGAAGAUGUCCAGAUUGACGUAGACGAUUUAGCUACUGGAGGUGAUAAGCUUGACUUUGACAGAUCACUCAACUUUAAUAUGAAAAAGAAACUUGAAAAAAGCGAUGAAUUAAUUAAUAGAUCUGUAACAGACAGUCCAAAGUCACAGGUCCAGAGAUUUCUCACUAAGAAUGGACUACAACACAGCUCACCUGAGCCAAAACGAGCAAAGAAAAGCUCAGCUGAACGCGGAAAAGCAAACAGCGUGUCUUCAUUCGAAGCGGACGAUUUCACACGCCUACAAAAGAACAAGAGGCUCAAAAUACUUUCAGACCCAUCGUCGCACAUUCAGCAGCUCAAAACCCUACAGCUCAGGAAGAUGCAACCAAGUCUUGUACUGUCAACAAUCCUACUGGUGCUCUUCUUUCUUCUGACGUGGCUUCCCUUUAUCAUCUCUCGUAUAAUCCGUUUAGCCAACGUCGCAUUGUCAGAAGAGAUGGUCUCCAUACCUGCGGCUAUCACAAAUUUAGACGUGAUACUAAAUCCUGUUGUCAUAUUAGCCACACGGAAAGGCCUAAGGAGAAGACUACUCAGGAAAUUUCUUUCAAUUUUACGGCUUACAGGGGGCAGGCGUACCCAGGCAUAGCAAACAGAGAUCAUCCAUACUGAGAUCGAUCCAACAGUGCGUCGAGGUCAUGCUGGGCUUGCUUUUGAAGUUGUAUUACAGUGAGCAACCAAAGCUUUAGUUCAUUAUUCAGAAAUCAGUAUAGCUUCAGUAUAGGGUUUUCUAUAUCAAAUUCUGAUCAUCUCGAUACAGGCAGAGAUUAUUCUAUGGAGCGGAAUCUUCACCACGUACUUUUUCAUUUAUAUCCAUGUUGAAACAAGAAAUAAUGAGACAAGACAAAAGUGUAUACAAAUUAACAAAGCAAGAAGUGUUGUCUUUGGACCGGGAGUUCAAGGGUCACAUCAUAGUGAAACUACUCCCAAUACGAAGUCACCCUCAUAUGUGGCGCACUUCAAACAAUGUGGCUCAUUUAAAACAAUUUGCUUCUACAGAAAGAUAUAAAACAUGGCAUAGGUCAACAAAUUAUUACCAAUAUGAGAAGUAAGAGGCGCCUUUAAAAACCAAACAUGUUAAAAUUAUGUUGACUUAAGUUCUGAGUGAAAUCCAUUAAAGGACAAAAGGGGAGGGUCAUUUGAAUUGCCCAGCACUCAUUACCACUUUGCAGUUUUCAAUCGUUCAUGACCUUAACACCUGUGGUCCCUUAACACUCACAAAACGACACAAACAGAAAUUAGUUUUUGGCGGCAGAAAGUUUUCCAUAUUAAUUAUUCAAUGGGAAUUGUUUGAACAUGGCAGGUGAGAUAAAUUAAGCAAAAAAUGUUUCACAUAAGCAAUCAAAGCAAACAGCAAUAAGACAAAUAUCGAUAAGUAAAUAAUAACAAAUCGUGAGAAAUUAUGCCUCCUUAGACAUAUGUU